AUGAUUGCCAAGUCCCGGGGAGAAGAAGAGCAUGUUGGGAACCUCAGGAAGCUGUUCGAAAGAUUAAGAAAGUUCCAGUUGAAGCUUAACCCAACCAAGCAUACAUUUGGGGCUACCUCGGGAAAACUACUAGGUUUUAUUGUCAGCGAUAAGGGUAUUGAGGUUGAUCCAGAUAAGAUAAAGGCCAUACAAGAACUGCCACCUCCGCGUACGCAAAAAGAACAUAAUCCGGGAGAAUGGAAUAAGGAGUGCCAAAUGGCCUUCGACAAGAUUAAACAGUAUUUGUCUAAUCCUCCGGUGCUAGUACCGUCGAUCCCUGGAAAACGCUUAAUAUUGUAUCUGACUGUGUUCGAAAACUCAAUGGGUUGCGUUCUGGGGCAGUAUGAUGAGUCAGGGAAAAGAGAAAAAGUGAUUUACUACCUCAGCAAAAAGUUCACAGAAUAUCAGCUAGAUCCAUUAAAGUUCUUGAAGGAAUCACCCGCACUCUCAGGGAGAAUGACACAAUGGCAGAUCUUUUUGUCUGAAUAUGACAUUGUGUAUGUGAGCCAAAAGUCGAUAAAGGGAAGCGCGAUAGCUGACUUCUUGGCAAGUCGAGCAAUAGAGGGAUAUGAGCCGCUGAGAUUUAAUUUUCCAGAUGAAGACUUGAUGUACAUUUUCGAAGGUGAAUCAUCAAAAGAUCAAUCAUGGAAGAUGAGUUUUGAUGGGGCAUCGAAUGCAUUGGGGCACGGGAUAGGAGCAGUCUUAGUAUCACUGGAAGGGAACCAUUACUAG